UGGACCCCGGGGAGCCGAUGGUCACACUUGAAAUCGGGGACCAACAAUUGGACUUUUUAGUGGACACAGGUGCCGAAAAAUCAGUAGUGAAUACAAAAAUUAGUCCACCAACUCGGGAAACUACGAAAGUAAUAGGGGUGUCUGGGAAGACCCAGAAGUGCCCCUUCCUCAAGGAACGCACCUGCAAUCUGGCCGGACAUCAGGUCAAGCAUAAGAUGUUAUAUCUUCCAGACUGCCCAGUCCCUUUGUUGGGAAGGGACAUUUUAUCAAAAUUACAAGCACAACUCCAGUUCAUGAAGAAUGGACAAAUGGAACUAUCAUUUCCCAUGGAAGAGGAAUGGAGACUGUUUCAAGUUAGGAUUUUUACUGAAGAAAUACAAUGGCCAUGGCAUGAGACUCCUUUAGUGUGGGCAGAAGAUAAUCCUCCAGGAUUAGCUAAAUAUGUUCCACCGGUGGUGGUGGAAGUGAAAAGAGGAAUGGGACCCAUAUGUAAGCCACAGUAUCCCGUCAGUCGAGAGGCGGUGCAGGGGAUCAGAAAGCAUCUAGAGCGACUUCUGCAGCAUGGGAUAUUGGUACCAUGCAGUUCCCCGUGGAACACGCCCCUGCUCCCAGUCAAGAAACCUGGAGGACAAGGAGAAUAUCGCCCAGUUCAAGAUUUGCGGGCUGUAAAUCAAGUCACCGUUCCCCUAACCCCAGUAGUGCCUAAUCCAUACAUCAUGAUGAGUCUAGUACCAGCAUUUGCCAAAUGGUUUACUGUAUUGGAUUUAAAGGAUGCAUUCUUUUGCAUUCGAUUGGCCCCUGUAUCCCAACCGAUCUUUGCUUUCCAAUGGGAAUCUCAGCAGUCAGGGCAAAGGACCCAGUAUGUUUGGACACGCCUUCCUCAGGGGUUCCGGGACAGCCCGACCAUUUUUGGUCAAGCCCUGGCCAAAGACUUACAGGAUUUUGUAAUACCUAAGGAAGAGGGAAUUUGGCUUCAGUAUGUAGAUGACCUGCUUGUCGCUUGCCGGACACUAGAGGGCAGUAGAGAGCAUACUUUGAGGCUACUCAAGGAAUUAGAAAUGAAGGGUUACAAAGUAUCAAGGAAAAAGGCCCAGUUGUGCUGUCCCACGGUGAAAUAUUUGGGGUUCCAUCUGACCGAAGGAAAGAAGAUGUUAGGAGCUGAAAGAAAGGAAGUUGUUUGCGCCAUCCCCACUCCCAGUACCCGGCGACAGGUGCGGGAAUUUUUGGGAUCAGCAGGAUAUUGCAGACAGUGGAUCCCCAACUACGCCGUGUUGGCUAAGCCGCUGUACCAGGCUACGAGAGGUGGAAGAGAAGAUCCGUUUGAGUGGACAGAAGAAUGUCAACAGGCGUUUAAGGCAUUAAAAGAAGCAUUGAUGUCAUCUCCAGCAUUAGGACUGCCCGAUUUGGAAAAACCAUUCACUCUGUUCGCUGCAGAGCGGGAAGGAACAGCGGUUGGAGUAUUGACCCAACCACUAGGUUCAUGGCAAAGGCCGAUUGCCUACUUGUCAAAGCAAUUGGACACAGUGGCUCGUGGAUUGCCACCUUGCCUGAGGGCUGUGGCAGCAUCAGUAGAUUUAAUCAAAGAAGCGAAUAAAUUGACCCUAGGACAGCCACUGACAGUUAAGGUGCCCCAUAGCGUUAAGGCACUGUUAGACACUAAGGGACCGCGCUGGCUCACAAGUGAGAGGUUAAUGAAAUACGAGGGAUUGUUGUGUGACAACCCACUGGUGACUCUGGAGACUUGCUCCACUCUGAAUCCGGCCACCUUGCUCCCGACUCCAGGAGACACCAAGAUCCAUCAGUGUGCCCAGGUGAUGGAUGAGGUAUUCUCCAGUCGACCGGAUUUGAAGGAUGUGCCACUGACUAAGGUGGACGACACUCUGUUCACAGAUGGAAGCUCCUUUAUGGAAAAUAAUCAAAGACACUCAGGUUAUGCGGUUGUCCGGUGGGGGGGAGAGACGCUGGAAGCAGGGUCACUGCCCCCGGGGACUUCUGCCCAGAAGGCCGAAUUGAUUGCCCUGACCCGAGCGUUGGAAUUGUCAAGCGGAAAGCGGGUUAACGUCUACACAGACUCAAAAUAUGCCUUCACUACCCUCCACGCACACGGAGCACUGUACAAGGAGCGCGGGCUCCUCACGUCUGGAGGAAAGUGCGUGAAACAUGCCGGAGAGAUUGUGGAUCUCCUGGAGGCGGUUUGGAAGCCAAGGCAGGUGGCUGUGAUGCAUUGUAAAGGGCACCAACGUGGAGACGAUCCCGUAGUGCAAGGAAAUAGGCAGGCUGAUCUGGCAGCCAAAGAGGCAGCUAGGCUGCCCUAUAUUGAACAUCAGGUAAUGGCCCUACAGGGAGAAUUAACUGAACAUAACAUUACAUAUACACCAGAGGAAGAAGAAUGGGCCUUAAAGGAGAAGGGUCAGUGGUCAGGAGAACUCAUAGUUAUGCCAGACGCCCGUGUCUACGUCCCUAAGGACUUGGCAUGGCACUUAGUCCAACACAUGCACCAAAACACACAUUUAGGAAAAAUGGCAUUGGCAAAUCUGCUAGGACGACAGUUGUAUAUCGAUGGAUUACAUAGCCUAACGGCAGCAGCAGCCCGAAGAUGCUGGACAUGUAUAAAAAAUAACCCCAGAGAAGGACCCCUCAAGCCACCAGGAGUCCAACAUGUGGGUGGGGUACCCUUUGAAGCUUUAGUCACUGACUUUACAGAAAUGCCCCCAUACAAAGGAUACAAAUAUUUACUGGUGUUCGUGGACACAUACACAGGAUGGGUGGAGGCUUACCCUACAAGGACUGAGAAGGCUGUGGAGGUUUCAAGAGCUCUAAUGAAAGAUGUUAUUCCUAGAUUUGGCAUACCCUUAGAAAUUGGAUCAGAUAAUGGCCCCGCAUAUAUUCAACAGGCCGUGCAAGGAUUAUGUAGAAUUUUGGGCAUAAAAUGGAAGUUACAUUGUGCAUAUAGACCCCAAUCUUCUGGAAAAGUGGAAAGAAUGAAUAGGACAUUAAAGGCUCAGCUUGGGAAACUUUGCCAAGAGACAGGAUUGCCGUGGACGGUGGUUUUGCCCAUGGCAUUAUUAGGAAUCAGAUGUACACCAUUUCUUCUCUCUCCAAAUAAAUCUCGUAAAUUCAGCAUUCCAAUUCGUAAAUUCUUUUUCCUUGAUGUCAACUGGGAUGUACUGGAACAAGAAGCAUAG